AGCCUUUUAUUGCGUAAUAGUGUCACAAUGUAUGUAUAUAAAUGACCUACUGUUUUCUUUUGCUUUUUUUUAUUUCCUUUCUUUCUCUAAAUAAAAAAACAAUGCCCGACGAUAAAAAGGUUAAGCCUACUUUCUGGAAUCCACGUGUGGAUCCUGAUACCAUCAAAUUUCCCAAAAGCGAAUCGUUUGAUAGACCAAGAGUCAUUGAUUUCUCGGAUGUUGCCUGGAACAGAAAGAAUGAAUUCUGGACACAAAAAGAGCCCAUGACCGAAAUCGACUAUCGUAAAAAGAAAUAAACACGUUAUUCCAUAUAGUUUGGAUUUUUUAUAAAUAUGAGAUAGUAAAUAAAAUAAAAAGAGAGGAGGAAAGGGGAAGGAAGAGGGGAUGCAGUUGAGUAUGUGUAUAAAACAAGAAUAAAACUUAUUCAGGAGCAUGAGAAAAGAGGUAAGAAACAGAUUCACCGUUAUGAGUUCUACGAAUGGCUUCAGCAAGAGUAGGUGAAAUGUCAAUGACGUCAAGUUUAGGACAAAUGGCCAUCUUGUCUUGGUGAGGAAUGGUGUUGGUCACCACAAGCUUUUCAAUGACAGAUUCGUUAAUGACCUUGAUGGCCUUGCCAGAAAGAAUACCAUGAGCAACAAUCGCGUACACUUUAACGGCACCGUUCUCAACA